UUUAGUUCUUCUAAUGGAUAGACUCCAUCUAAAGCCCCAAUUGGAAUGGAACAACUUCAUAUUUUUUGUUUGUUCCAUGAACACAGCCCAAAUUUCUUUGCUUUUUCAAACUCAAAAUUACUCCUCCAUUUCUCUUUUCAGUAAUUGGGUCAGCGUGUUAAUGGCGGAUGAUGAAUCCAGAUCGGUUUUCGACUGGGGAAACUCCCCUCCGUUCAAUUCCUAUCAGUCCUCGUCAAUGGUCGUGAUUAGGGAUUCUCCUCCCAAGGACGAUUUCUCCGUUUUUCCACCUUCAAAACACGAGAAUCUACAGCCACCGUCGAUUGGAGAAGACGAACGAGGAAGCCCAGUUUCAUUUCAAUCCAAUUCGCCAUCCUCGUCUUUUAGGUCGUCUCAAUCAUCUUCAUCCUUCUCGUCUUUCUCAUUUUCUGAUGACGAGGCUUCACACCCACAUUCACCGAAGCCAUCGGGUUCUCAAAUUCAAAAGCCCAUGGUGACUUCCAGGUGGCUGCUUUGGGGGGUUCAGAUUCUACGACUACGGAUUACUGCAAUGGCUUCCACAAUUUGGUCCAAUGCUGCUUUUUGGUUGUUUUCCCCUGCAGGAAGGAUUGGGUUAUUGGUGACUCUUUUGUGGUUGUACAAGAGAGCUCGUAAACGCCGUUUGCGUCGAAGUACCAACCAAUUGAAGAUGAUGAUGAAGGAGAAAGACGAGAAAAUCAGUCAACUAAUGCAACAAGUUGCACAAUUGAACCGAUCACUGAUAUUAGCUCAACAGAAAGUACUGCCUUCAAAUUGGAAAAUGAAACAAGAUGGGAGUGUUUAGCUUGUAUCUCACAGAGAGAGAGAGAGAGAGACAGCAAGAACAGCUAUCCUGAACCCCCGCUCCGUCAUCGGCUCAAAUUCUUGUUCUGUUCAGAUUUAUUAUACUAUAGAUGGAUUCCAGUAGCAGCUAAUUGGUGAACCGAAACAAAAACUCCAGUCUUUGCAGUGCGUUGAAGAACAGAUCAAGAGUAGAAGACACCAUCUAAGCCUUGAAGGAGUGGAAUCUGUUUGUGCUGCACAAAAACAGAUUAUCAGUUCAGAGAUGGAAUGUAUACAGAUGAUUUUGUAUUGAUUUUUUCAGUAUUCAUUAUUCAAAGUAUUCAUAUUGUCAGCCAUUUAUCAACUUGGUUUACUGACUGGGAAGCUUAUUCUUAUGCACCGGUAUAUUUGAUUUGUAAAUAGAUUUGUUAAGUACUUUUUGAAGAAAUAUGAGAUCUUCAGAAGAUGUUGGCUGUGCUGGAA